GACAAUUAUUGGGAGUCUGAGUGCAGACACUGGAAAAGCUUCACCUGUAAAAAUGUGCACCAGUUAGGUCUUGAAGUGCCAUCAGCUGUAGCAGAAAUUCCAGAUCCCAAGACCAUAGCCAGGCAUCCCCGCUCCCAGGAACUGAAGGCCAUGGAGCUCUCCGACAGUGACCGCCCCGUCAGCUUCGGCUCCACGUCGUCCUCCGCCUCUUCCAGGGACAGCCAUGGCUCCUUCGGCAGCAGAAUGACCUUAGUUUCGAACAGCCACUUGGGCUUGUUUCACCAAGAUAAGGAAGCCGGGGCCAUAAAACUGGAGCUGAUUCCGGCCAGGCCGUUUUCCAGCGGCGAGUUGCAGAGGGACGGCGCCGCCGGGCAACAGAACGCCGACGAGGGCGACGAAGGGCAGCCCCGGGCCCAGCGCAGAAUGGAGGCCAACGGGGCGACCCAGCCGGGUGCGGAGUCGGCCACCAGCCCCAAGCUCCUCUAUGUGGAUAGGGUUGUCCAGGAAAUUCUGGAGACCGAAAGGACUUACGUGCAAGACUUGAAAAGCAUCGUGGAGGAUUACCUUGACUGCAUCAGGGACCAAACAAAACUUCCGCUGGGGACAGAAGAAAGAUCAGCCCUCUUUGGAAACAUACAGGAUAUCUACCACUUCAAUAGUGAACUUCUACAAGAUUUGGAAAACUGUGAAAACGAUCCUGUGGCCAUAGCAGAAUGUUUUGUGUCCAAGAGUGAAGAGUUCCACAUUUACACGCAGUACUGCACUAACUAUCCAAGAUCAGUGGCUGUGCUAACAGAGUGCAUGCGGAACAAGAUGCUGGCCAAAUUCUUCAGGGAACGUCAGGAAACUUUGAAACACUCACUGCCUCUGGGCUCCUAUCUCUUGAAACCAGUUCAGCGGAUUCUCAAGUAUCAUCUCCUUUUGCAUGAAAUAGAAAAUCACCUUGACAAGGACACAGAAGGCUAUGAUGUAGUGCUUGAUGCUAUCGACACGAUGCAGCGAGUGGCCUGGCACAUCAAUGACAUGAAGAGGAAACACGAACACGCGGUCCGGCUCCAGGAGAUACAGAGUCUGCUCACUAACUGGAAAGGGCCAGACCUGACCAGCUAUGGGGAACUGGUGCUCGAAGGGACCUUUCGCAUCCAGCGGGCCAAGAAUGAGCGGACGCUCUUCCUCUUUGACAAGCUGCUUCUGAUCACAAAGAAGAGAGACGACACGUUUACGUACAAAGCUCAUAUCCUGUGUGGCAACCUCAUGCUCGUGGAAGUGAUACCAAAGGAGCCUCUCAGCUUCAGCGUCUUCCACUAUAAGAACCCCAAGCUGCAGCACACGGUUCAGGCCAAAUCCCAGCAAGACAAGCGCCUGUGGGUUCUGCACCUGAAGAGACUGAUCCUGGAGAACCAUGCGGCAAAAAUCCCAGCUAAGGCCAAGCAAGCAAUACUUGAAAUGGAUGCCAUUCACUAUCCCGGUUUCUGUUACAGUCCCGAGGGAGAGACUAAAGCAUUUUGUGGUUCUAGAGAUGGUUCUGCUCCAUAUCGGCCGAGAAGAAAAUCUGAACCUUCCUCAAGAUCACAUAAAGUCUUGAAGACCAGUGAAACAGCACAAGACAUCCAAAAGGUCUCCAGAGAGGAAGGGUCUCCCCCGCGGACCUCAACGGGACCAUCUCCCGCACAGAGGAACAGUCAGCCGAGCACUUCUGCCAUUAUCAGCGUGCUUCGUGGGGGAGGAGCCAUCAGAAACAUCUGGACGGACCACCAGAUCAGACAAGCCUUGUUUCCUAGCCGUCGGUCCCCUCAGGAGAAUGAGGACGGUGAAGAUGACUAUCAGAUGUUCGUGCCCUCUUUCUCCUCCUCGGAUCUGAACUCUGCCAGACUGUGUGAAGACGGCACUUCCAGUCGCCCGUGCAGUUGGCACAUGGGACAGAUUGAAUCCACAGAAGCCACCGGCUCUGGCCACCGGGUCGUCAGGCGGGCCAGUAGCGCUGGCGAGAGCAACACGUGUCCCCCCGAAAUAAGAAUUCGGGACGGUGGUGGCUCUCAGUAUAGCCCCCGAAGGGAACUGCAGAGUGGCCCUAAAACAGAAGGGCAGGAAGGAAUGACUCCCUUUGGGUCUUCCGUAGAGUUGACUAUCGAUGACGUAGACCAUGUCUAUGACAACAUAAGUUACGAGGACCUGAAACUGAUGGUUGCCAAACGGGAAGAAGCCGAACCCACGCCCCCCAAAACAGCCAGGGACUCUGUCCGCCCCAAGAGCACCCCGGAGCUGGCCUUCUCAAAGAGGCAGGCUGACCACGAGAAGACCUCUCUGCACACGAUGAGGGACGGAGCGCCAACUGGUCGCCAGGCGUCGAACCAAAGCACACACGAACUCCAGAUGGUUGAGGAAAACAUCUAUGACACCAUAGGGCUCCCAGAUCCACCCUCACUGGACUUCAAAUGCAGCAGCCUGAAGCGUCCCAAGAGGAGCACCUUCUUAGGUCUGGACGCCGACUUUGCAUGCUGCGACAGUCUGAGGCCCUUCGUUUCCCAGGACAGCCUCCAGUUCAGUGAGGACGAAGCCCCUUACCACCAGGGCCCCUCUGAUAAUGAUUAUUUGAGUUUGCUCUAUAACUCUUUCAGCUGUAACCUGUCCCUAGCCGAUAAAUCGAUAUCUGAUAAACUGUCUGAAGAAGUGGACGAAAUCUGGAAUGACCUGGAAAAUUACAUCAAGAAAAAUGAAGUCAAAGCUAGAGACCGGCUCCUGGCAGCAUUUCCCGUCAGCACAGAGGACAUGCCGGGCAGGCUGUACUCCGAGAGCACCCCCGAGCUGGGCAGAGAGGCGGCACGUUCCGUGUCCACGCUGUCACUCCCGGAGGGCCACGCUUUCCUCACGCCGCUGAAAGACAGCGGCAGACCUAGCCGGGCCAACUGCCCGUUUGAGGAAGACCUGAUUUCUAAAGAAGACUCCUUUAUAAGUCUCAACCGGCUGUCUCUGGCCAGUGAAACACCUCCCAUGGAAAAUCCCUACGACUUGGCCAACAGCGGUCUGUCCCAAACAGACUUGGAAACCCCUGACCCUGGGAUGGAUGCCACAGAUAAGACAAGAAGCAGGGUUUUUAUGAUGGCCAGGCAGUACAGUCAGAAGAUCAAGAAGGCAAAUCAACUCUUAAAAGUGAGAAGCCCAGAGCUAGAGCAGCCACUGGCCGGCCAGCAACAGAAGUCCAUGCACAAAGACCUGGCGGCCAUCUUAGAAGAGAAGAAGCAAGGGGGCCCUGCCAUCGGUGCCAGGAUUGCCGAGUAUUCCCAAUUGUACGACCAGAUUGUAUUCAGAGAGACCCCCUUUAAGACCCAGAAGGACGGCUGGGCCAGCCCUCGAGAACCCUCCAACCCCACGUCUGCAUCGGCUCCCCGGUCCCAACAUGGCAGCGAGGAUUGGCUUUUGCAUUCAACCUACAGUAAUGGAGAGUUAGUGCACUUCUGUCCCCAGCCAGAGCAAGACUUGAAGUCGAAACAUCCCACUUUAGAGAUCAACACAAAAAACAUUCCAAGACAGUUGUCCACAGCUUGCUCUGUGCCUUCUCUUCAAACCUCCGACCAUCUGCUGGGCUCCUUCCAGAGACACAGUGUGAUAGUCAGUCAGCCCAACAAAGAGAACUCUUACCAGGGCCACCUUUACAACUCUUUGGGUCGGAAAGGAAUCAGUGCUAAAUCUCAGCCUUACAAUAGGUCCCAGUCAUCUUCCUCAAUCUUGAUAAACAAGUCCGUGGACUCCAUCAACUACCCUGGAGAAGUGGGAAAGAAACAGCUGCUGUCUUUGCACAAAAGUUCAAGGUGUGAGAGCCACCAGGAUUUGCUGGCAGGUAUGGCUGACUCGUGUCAACAGGGCACCGAAAAACGCUCCGAUCUCACGCUCCAAGACUCACAGAAGGUUCUGGUCGUCAAUAGAAAUUUGCCCUUAAGUGCUCAAAUAGCUACACAGAACUAUUUUUCCAAUUUCAAGGAGACUGAAGGAGACGAAGACGACUAUGUGGAAAUAAAGUCAGAAGAAGAUGAGUCAGAGUUAGAGCUAUCUCACGGUCGUAGGAAGAAAGCUGACCCACAGAUGACGGAUGCUGACUUUACUGAGAAGACCCGUAGCAACAACACGUCUUACCCUGUGAACAGUCCGUGCUCUCCCAAAAAGCCAAUGGGCGAGCCACUUGGGAUUUCACCAUACCUGACGUCCUACGACGAUUCGGACAAACUGAAUGACUAUCUUUGGAGGGGGCCAUCUCCCAAUCAGCAAAAUAUCGUCCAGUCGCUGAGGGAAAAAUUUCAAUGUCUCAGUUCCAGCAGCUUUGCCUAAGUUUCUUAGUAGAAGCUGCGCAAACCAAUGUCGUGUGAUGCUCACAGAUUACAGAUACUGAGAGGUGUUUUAUAUGUACCAGAUUAAAAACGAUUUUGUAAUAACCAGAAGUGUAAACCAUACUUUCUUUUCCAGCACAACUUUUGGAAACGGCUGACAAGCCAGCCGGAAUCGUACUGUAUAGGCAGUGUCAGCACCUAACAGUGUCUUCCCUGAUGCUGUGUCGUGUCUCCUGUAAGUCAAUCUUACUUGAAAAUUUUUAGGCUUUUUUUUUUUUUAACCUGAUGGCCAUGAUACUUUCUCCCAUAUCCUGACAAUAGUGUCCAGACUUUAAGAAAUGCCAUAAUCCUCUCCUAUUAUCCAGAAGCCACAAAUAGUUUUAUUCUAGGACCCAAAGGCAGCAAGGAGGCUUUUCCGCAUGUUUGCGAAAGAAGGGAAACGAAAGCUGUUUAAAGGAUUACGUGAAUCACAUCGGGCAUUUGGGUUUCAUUUGCGACGAGACCCUAGCAAAACUUAAGCUAGAGAUCUCUCAUUGGAGGAUGAAUCUCCAGUGCCCGUUUCACUCUGUAUCAGUGAUUUCUCUAUCAGGGUCAUGCUAGUGUGGAAAUUGGGUACCUAUUGUGCACCAGAAGGUAGCAAGACCAAUUGUGUAUAAGCAAAAAUCCUUACCUCUAUUCCUGGACGAGGUCUGGAGAAUGUGCUCGCUCUUAUGUUUAUUUUUGAUGGCUGGAGUAAAAGGAAUGCUUUCCUCAAGUGCUUAAAGAAAACUACAAGCAAGAAAAUAGAAAAGAUGCUUAUCUCCUCAUAUUACAGUUAAAGAGGGGGCGGAAAUAGAACCCUGCAUGCUAUUUCUUUGUGCGUAUCUCUACUCAACACAAAGCAAGCCAGGAGCUAAAAUACAACAACACACGUUAGCGUCACCCUUUGCACAGCAGUUUUUCCUUUGUACUUUCCUGAGUUUCGUAUUCAACCAAAUGACCUCAUCCCAGCCUUGAGGAUUUCGUUGACCGCGAUGAAAUGUGUUUUUUGAACUAAGCAUAACGCGAGGGCCUCUUUUCGUUGUUUGAGAGCAAAGAAUCUUUGGCUGCUAAGCUGUGACUAAAAACCUCUUUUCAUUGUCAUUAUGGUCUUCGAGUAGCCGCUCACUGUGAUAUCGCGGACCAACAUACCACUUCAUGGAAGGAAACUGCAAAAACCAGACCUUGAGAGUAAAAAACAAAACCGAAGAAGCACAAGAGAGAUGCGAAGGCAGAUCUAUGGGUCCUUUAUAACAAUGUUGUAUUUUAUUGAAGAUUCCGGUCAAUGCAAGAAGAGUGUGCUCUUAAACUGUGGCCUUUUAAGGCUCCCUUUAAGCGGUUUUACGUUCUGUGAUCCCUUCCCCACCUGCUCGGUUUUUUAUUUUGAAAACUAUAUGUGUAGGAAAGGGGGUCUGGGCCUUUCAUCCGAAGGUAAGCAACGAUACUGAUUUCCAUCGGUGACAUCUCACCAUAAUUCUUUUCCUCUUCUUGAGUCCUGUGCCUCGUUUUCUUAACCACGAAACAUCAGACGUGACCAUCCUUAUUUUACAAGCAGGUACCUAAAGACCUUCAUUUUUCCUUUGAAAUAACAGAAAAGAACCCAAGUUUCUUCCUUCUCUAUAUUCUUUCUUCUUAGAGCUUGUCAAACAAAGUCCCUGCUGGAUAGCAUGGUUCUAGAGACAUUCCUUCUUUCACUGCCUUUCUUUAUACUUGAUAGGAGUUUUCAGGACUAAGCAGUGUCAGAAAAGACAAGCCCUGCAAGGAAGCAUGUUCUCAGACUUGCCAGAGGGGCUUGUUAGUGCGCUUGCAACACAAAGUUAUUCUUCUUGUCCUAGAAUGUAGUUUCCUAUUUUUGCUGUUUAGUGUGUAUGGCCCCCAAGUCUAUAUUGUCCAUAUUACUGCGGUGUCUUACUCUCAGAAAUUAUGAACCCUUCACACCAGUGUUCUCAUUGCAUGGCUUCGAUGUCACCUGGCUGCACCAAGGUGGAUGUCGUGCUGUAUAAAAUGUCUGUGUCAUUGUCUUUAGGUUCUAGGAUAAACCUUUACCUUUUAGAUGUCUUCUGUCAGCCAGGAUGCAGAUUUUGAGAGCUGUGUGUAUAUAUAAUCAUGUUCAUAUCUUCCCUCAAAGUUACCAAUUAAAUGCUUCCGUUUAAAAUCGUUUCUUUUGGAGGUGGGGUAGGAUUGUACAUAAUUGGGGGGAAAGUUAUAUGUACUUAAAAUUAUGUCAAGUUCUUACUGGGUCUCUGUACUGAACGUUCAGGUUUGUUUUUUUUUUUUUAAGUUCACUUUUUACCUAGUCUUUGUGCAAAAAAAAAAAAUGCAUCUAGGAAAACAUAGUUUAAAUAUUGUAUAUAAGAUAAAGUUAGUAAUGCUCAUUAUUUAAUAAAGUUUGUAAAGUACAAGGUAAA